CAGCAUAAAAAUAAAAUAUGGUACAACAUAAAUAGUAAACAAAUUGCACGUUUUUAGAAAUAACAAAAUGUUAAAAAAUAUAUUAAAAUUAAAUUAUAAAAUACUUUGCAUUAAGAAUGUUGGAUAUACUCCAAGCAAAUCUAAUUCACUAUUAAUAAGGUAUUUGAAAACAGAGUACUCGACAUUACCGAAUAUUACAAAUGAAGAGCAAAAUGAUAUAAAAGAUUCAAAAGUGACAAUAGAUAAAGAAAAAAUGCUUAAAAUAUUGCAAUUAGAAGUAGAUGUAGCUCGUCAGGAAGGUAGAAGAGUCCCAGAUCCAACUUCAAUCAAAGAGGCUCAAUGGGAUCAUUUAUUAAAUUUAAAGAGUCGUUCUGCUAGAAUCAAGUAUUAUGCUUAUUUAUGGCAAUUAGAAAAAAAACGUGAAAGUAGAGAAAUAAAAAAAAUACAAAAAAGAGAGGAAAUAGCUGAGAGAAGAGCCAGAUUAACUGAAGAGAAUCAGCAAAAUGAACACAUAAUAUAUGGAAUUGGUCAUACAACUUUUUUGUUACGUGUAUAUGAUACAACAAUUAAUAAUUGGCAAAACAACAAGUUGAUAAAUGCUAUGAAAUUUGGAAGCAAAAUUGUGUUAGAUUGUGGAUUUGAUGAUAAUAUGAAUAAACGUGAGGCUUCUAAUACGGCAAAACAAUUAAUGUUACUUUUUGCUGACAAUAGAAUUCACGAUGAUCCAUUUGAUCUUCAUUUUUGUAAUGUGAAUCUAAACAAAGACCUUAUGAAAGUUUUACAAAAACAUAUACCGACUAUAUUUGAACCGUCUUUUCCACUAAAUGUUCACGAAAAAUGCUUCACUGAAAUAUUUCCCAAAGAAAGAAUUGUUUAUUUAACGCCUCAUUGCAAAACUGAAUUACAUUCAUUUAAUCCUGAUGAUAUCUACGUUAUUGGUGCUAUUGUAGACAAAGUAAAUAAUGAUCCUUUAUCAUUAGCAAAGGCUAAACGAUUGGGCAUAAGAAUGGCUCGUUUACCAUUAGACAGGUAUUUGACUUGGUCUUCCGGAUCAGGAAAGUCAUUAACUUUAGAUCAAAUGAUAAAUAUCAUGUUAGAUAUUAAAACAAAAAAUGAUUGGAAUAAUGCUUUAAGACAUGUGCCUAGGCGAAAAAUAGUUAAUGAUUGGCAACAAAAAUCAAGAGAGGAAAAAGUAAAAAUUAGGGCCAAAAAAUUUGAAUUUGAUAUUUCAACUUGGGGUGAUUCUAAAACUUCAGAUCAGAAAAAUCCAUUCAAAAAUUAAUUUCAACGUUAAUUUAUAAUGUUAUAAGUUUUAAUAAAAAUUUCUCUUCACUUA